CGGCUGCACCCGAUCCUCAAGAAGGCGCUGUUCCACUCCAACUUCACCAAGCCAACACCAGUGCAGUCAGCCUCGCUACCCUUUGCUCUUCCCACCUCACCCAGCGAUCCGACCUCAGGCUCAAGGGACGUCGUUGCUUUGGCCCAGACGGGAUCCGGUAAGACGCUAGCUUACGCUCUACCGAUCCUGCAAAGAGUCCUCGACGCGCGUAGCUCCCUUUUCGAGGGCGAUAAGGAGAGACCUCUGCAAGCUCUGGUGGUACUCCCUACCCGAGAGCUGGCCAUGCAAGUGUACGAGGUCUUCCAGAAGCUCGUGAUGGCGUCCAUCACCUCGGAAGACGGCGAGAGUGCAAAGCAGACUCCCUGGGUUCGUAUCGCCCCUGUACUCGGAGGUAUGAGCGAGGAGCGUCAAUGGCGUCUGCUCAGAGGCCGCAAAGGCACCGAGUCACAGCAGGGCGAUGGCAGCAAAGACGCUGAGAUUGUCAUUGCGACUGUGGGACGUCUGUGGGAGCUCUGCAAAUCUGAUGACUAUCUACCUGAUCGCCUCGAAAAUGCUCAGACCCUCGUGUUGGACGAAGCUGAUCGACUACUCGAAACAGGCAAGUUCCAGGAACUGUCUUCCAUCUUGGACCUGCUUCGAUCGCCGAAUCGACAGACCCUCAUGUUCUCUGCAACGCUGGACCCUUCUUUGCAAGUGAAUCUCUCGAAGAGCAGAAGCAAGGUCAACAGAGCACUGAAGAAGUCAAAGGAGGGGGACAAGAUGAUCAAGCUCAUCGAGAGGGUAGGCUUCACGGAUCCUGAGGGAGCUCAGGUCAUUGAUCUGACCAAGCAGGCGCUUGUCAGUGAGAGCCUGAAAGAGGGGAAGAUCGAGUGUGUUGAAAAGGAGAAGGAUCUCUAUCUCUACUACCUCUUGCUACGCUACACCGGCUCGACGCUCGUGUUCAUGAACUCCAUCGACUCAGUUCGUCGUCUGCAUCCUCUUCUGACAAAUCUAGGCAUCUCAAGCUACCCACUGCACGGAGAGAUGGAUCAACGCUCUCGUCUACGCUCCCUAGACAAUUUCAAAAAGGCCAUAAACUCCAAGAAGACUGCCACCUCUUCCAGCGUCCUACUAGCAACAGACGUAGCAGCUCGAGGACUCGACAUUCCCCUCGUCUCGCACGUGGUGCAUUUCCAUCUACCAAGAGCAGCAGAUACUUACAUCCAUCGCUCAGGACGUACAGCUCGAGCUGGCCAGCCAGGUCUCUCCCUCGUCCUUCUCGGAGCAUCAGAAAAGACUCGAUGGGCCUCCUUACGCAAGAGUCUCAAGCGAGAAAAUGAUCUACAGGAUCUAGAGGUCAUGUAUGGGAUCAUGACUCGUCUGAAGCGGCGUUUGGCACUGGCCAAAGAGCUGGAUGAGUUACGUCAUCGUGAGAGAAAGGAAAAGGCAGACGAGGAUUGGGUGCGUAAAAUUGCUGAAGAGGCAGAUAUUGCCCUGGACGAA